UUCUACCGCCGGAUGCGUCUCUGCUGCAACGUGACACCAAGAAGUGACGUGUUUCCGGUGUCAUGUCAGCCUUCUGCAGAAACCUCAUGGCCGGCGAAUAGCGAUUGCUGCCACAUUUAAAUGUAUGUUUCAGUUGUAGUGAUGCAGUUUUAACCAAACAAGACGUUCAGAGAUGGCAGACGUUGUACCAGAGAAAAGUCGUGGCUUGAAGUUUGCAGAGCAGCAACUCCUGCGUCACGGCUGGGAAUACGGUAAAGGACUGGGGCGAGCGGAGAACGGCAUAUCAGAAGCUAUCAAGGUCAAAGCGAAAUGUGACAAGGGAGGGGUUGGUCAUAAGGAAGGGGAGCAGUUCACCUUCCACUGGUGGGAUCAUGUCUUCAAUAAGGCCUCUUCCAGUCUGCAGGUGAAAUCUGAUGAGAACGGCAUUCAGUUGCAGAAGAUGGUGGAGGAAGAUGAAGAGGACGGGAUGAUCUCCAAUAGGAAGCCACGGAAAGCCGCGCUAGCUAAAGCCAAACUUUAUGGAUGCUUUGUCAAGUCGGCCACACUGCUGUCUGGUCAGGAGCAGCCAGAGCCGAAGCCUUCCAGCUCAGACGACAGCAGUAGCUCAGACGAGGAUAACGACCAGAAAUUGGAUCUCUCCAGCACCACAAUGCUUUCUGAUGCUGCUCUAAUGAAAGCAUGUGGAGGACGCACGGCUCACAAAGGAGCCAGGCACGGCGUGACCAUGAGCGCCAAAUUAGCCAGAUUAGAGCAGCAGGAGGCUGAGUUCAUGGCUAAGUAUGGCAAGAAGACCCAGACAGCAAGUGCUCCACCGGUCUGUGUUACACCGACUCCCCCGACCUCCCAGUCAGCUGACCAAAGAGCUCAAAGGCAGGACGAGAUGGUUGAGGUCUCUCAGAAAAAGACGAAAAAGAAGAGAUCCACUGGGAGCGUUGAUGAGCUAAAUGAUGAAGUGUCUAAAAGUCCUGAGACGGAUGUUAAACCCAAAAAGAAAAAGAAGAAAAGUAAAGCCAGUGAGGACACUGAGGAAACAACUGAUGCCGUUUCCACUGCGGGGGAUGUGAACUGUGUAGAAAACAGUGAAGCCCACCAUUCUCAUAAAACAAAGAGGAAACAUAAAAAAAACAAAAACAAAGUCGAGCAGAAUGAAGAAACGCCUGCAGCAGAGAGCAAGAGUCCAGAGGAGACUGCUGAGCUGCACUCUGACAUAAAAAUGAAGAAGAAAAAGAAAUCCUCCAAACACCAAAGUGAACCUGCUGAGGAAGAGGAGAUCAGGUCAGAACCGGCCAACGACUGCGCUCUAAAAACUGUAAAUAAAAAAGCAGCCGCAGUUAAAUUGGACAAAGCAGAAGCAACAGUAAAGCAGAAAAGAAAAAAGUGUAAAAAGUCAUCUGUGGACGACGAUACAAACGAGGAGGAACUUCCUCCAAAGAAGAAGAAAAAGAAGAAGUCCAAAGAGUAGUAUUUGAUUUAAGAAAUGUUUGGACAGUGAUAAACAUUUAUAUUGGUUGGCUGGGGAAGUUAUUUUACUCUUUAAUCAGCUGUGGUGAGUUACGUGUCAGACAUGGACCUCAUGGCUGCGCUCUCUGAUUCGACAGACGACACAUUUUAUGCAAUCAAAUGCAUUUUACAAUCAAUAUUGCCCGUUGAAUUUACGACAACCUGUUGCAGAAGCGACUGAGGAAACAAUGUCAGUUUAGGAAUUUGCUGGUCAACAUAAAAUGUGUUGAUCUGAGUCUGUCAUAUCUUUUAGUUUAAAGCUACAAGUCGUCGAUGUGACGAGUCGGCGCUCUGCUCAGCUACACGGUGCAACUCAAGCCCAGCGUUUACAAACUGACCACUUCAUGUGAAAUAUGCAUUUAGCUGGAAAAUGAUAUGAAAUGUAAAGAAUCUUCCUGCAUCAUGAUGUGUCAUUAUACCAUAUUACAUGACAUUCUAACAAUUCUUUAUAUGCACAUUAAAUGACUCAUCAAACUACA